CCCAUCACCAGCGCCCUCGUUUCCGGUUCAGCCCAGGAGGCUUCCGAGAAUUUCUGCUCUCCGCUUCUCUGGGUCGACCAUUUCUCCAACGUUUUUCCAGGUCUUUCGGUUGGUGGGGAAGGUAGUUGCCAAUAAAGUUUCCCCGUUUGAAAGUCUGGAGGAUUGAGCCGGGCGCAUCCUCUGUCCCCUUGUUCAUUGUCCUCAGUCUUUCUAGGCUAUAGGCAAGGAGUCUCAAGGCGUGAUGGCCAGGGGCCGGUCCGGCCCGGCCGGUCUGAGGCCAACUUUCGUUGCCCGCGCUCUCUUAUGGCUUUUGGCCCCGCAGGCGUCCGCCUCAGCGUGAGCGCAGUCCCUCCGCGCCCACGGGCCGCCCUGUGCUGGACCCCAUGGCCUCCGAGGCUCCGUCGCCUUCAUUGUCGCCGUCGUCACCUCCCUCCCCUGAGCCUGAACUGGCCCAGCUGAGGCGGAAAGUGGAGAAGUUGGAACGCGAGCUGCGGAGCUGCAAGCGGCAGGUGCGGGAGAUCGAGAAGCUGCUUCAUCACACGGAACGGCUGUACCAGAGCGCAGAGAGCAACAACCAGGAGCUCCGCACCCAGGUAGAAGAGCUCAGUAAAAUACUCCAUUGUGGGAGAAAUGAAGACAAUAAGAAGUCUGAUGUAGAAGUACAAACAGAGAACCAUCCUGCUUGGUCAAUCUCAGAUUAUUAUUAUCAGACAUACUAUAAGGAUGUCAGUCUUCCAAAUAAAGUGACUGAACUCUCAGUUCAGCAAGAUCAGGAUAUCGAAGCUUCCACUUUUAAUUCUGAAGAUCAGUCACAAAUAGAAAAUGAUGCUUAUGCUGGUGCUGAUAUAACAGAACAUGUUAAAUGUGCAGAAGAGGACCAUUUUGCCUCAAAUUCAAAUUCACAGGAGCCAGCAUCUGUAUUAGCAGCAGAAGAUACAUCCUUAGAAGGUUCUUCAUUAGCUGAAAGUUUGAGAGCUGCAGCAGAAGCUGCUGUGUCUCAGACUGGAUUUAGUUAUGAUGAGAACACUGGACUGUAUUUUGAUCACAGCACUGGUUUCUAUUAUGAUUCUGAAAAUCAACUAUAUUACGAUCCUUCCACUGGAAUUUAUUACUACUGUGAUGUGGAAAGUGGUCGAUAUCAGUUUCAUUCUCGAGUUGAUUUGCAACCAUAUCAGACAUGUGGCACAAAACAAAAUAAGGAAAAAAAAUUGAAGAAGAAAAGAAAGGAUCCAGAUUCUUCUGUAACAAAUGAGGAAAAGGAUUUGAAUGCAGAAGAUCAGAAAGCAUCCAAUGUUGAACGUGUAAGCUGCAGUGAGGGAGAAGAUUUUGCAAAUGUGAAAAAGAAGGCCAAAAUAGACAUUCAUUACAAAAGUAGUCCUGCCAAAUUUACUGUUCCAGUUAGCGGAAAGACUACAGACUCUUCUGUUAGUGAAAACAUUUAUAAUUCGACAUCAUUCAAAGAUGAGAAAAUUAUGGACACUGAUAGUGAGCCAGAAGAAGGUGAAAUUACAGACUCUCAGACAGAGGACAGUUACGAUGAAGACAUUACCAGUGAAGACAAUGUAACUGCAGAAGAUACUGAGGAUGAAGAUGAAGAAAAAAUUUGGCCCCCAUGUAUUAGAGUAAUUGUUAUUAGAUCACCAGUAUUGCAGACAGGAUCACUUUUUAUCAUUACAGCUGUAAACCCUGCUACAAUUGGAAGAGAAAAAGAUAUGGAGCAUACUCUCCGAAUCCCUGAAGUUGGUGUUAGUAAGUUUCAUGCAGAAAUUUAUUUUGACCAUGACUUACAAAGUUACGUUCUUGUGGAUCAAGGUAGUCAAAAUGGUACAAUUGUUAAUGGAAAACAGAUUCUUCAGCCUAAAACUAAAUGUGACCCUUACGUCCUUGAACAUGGUGAUGAAGUGAAAAUUGGAGAGACCGUACUGUCUUUUCACAUCCACCCUGGCAGUGAUACCUGUGAUGGCUGUGAACCAGGACAGGUUAGAGCUCACCUUCGUCUUGAUAAGAAAGAUGAAUCUUUUGUUGGUCCAACACUAAGUAAGGAGGAAAAAGAGUUGGAAAGGAGAAAAGAAUUAAAGAAAAUACGAGUAAAAUAUGGUUUGCAGAAUACAGACUAUGAAGAUGAAAAGGCAUUGAAGAAUCCAAAAUACAAAGAUAGAGCUGGAAAACGGAGGGAGCAGAUUGGAAGUGAAGGGACUUUCCAAAGAGAUGAUGCUCCUGCAUCUGUUCAUUCUGAGAUUACUGAUAGCAACAAAGGUCGGAAGAUGUUGGAGAAGAUGGGUUGGAAAAAAGGAGAGGGCCUAGGGAAGGAUGGUGGAGGAAUGAAAAUUCCGAUCCAGCUUCAACUUCGGCGAACACAUGCAGGCUUGGGGACCGGCAAACCAUCUUCAAUUGAAGAUGUUCACAUUCUUCAAAACAAGAGCAAAAAGAAUUGGGAGAAAGCACGAGAGAGGUUUGCUGAAAACUUCCCAGAAACUAAAUCUCAAAAAGAUGUGCCAGGAACCGUCCCUUGGGUCAAAGGGACCAUAGAAUAAAGGUUAGUCAUAGAACACAAUUUAAGCUUUUUUUAAUAAAGAGUUUAUAAACUCUUAUUUUAUUGUAGAACUUUUCCCUCCAAAUGAGUCGGUGGCGUGAGGGAACUAUAUCACAAUAUACCCCCUCAUGAUUCAGAUAUGUGUAAUAAACUGUGGUUUGCAGCUUUUAAAAAAACAUUUUUUUAAAAUUAAUAAAUAGUAAUUAGGUUAUGCUGUGAGCAGACUAAAGUUCACAGGGCACGGCUGAGCUUAUCAAACUGUUAUUUUAUCUUGUCAUUUAUAAGACCCAUUUAAGCAAAAUUCAUAUAUUCAGUAAUGAUUUGUACAUUUGUCCUUGUCUCCAUGUAUUCAUUAUUAUAAGAUAUGCAACAAGAGAAACAUCAAAAAUUUAUAAAAACAAGUCUGAUUAUAUGCAUCCUUGUUUAUGUCCUUUAGAACUUAGAUAAAAAAUGUUGAGAACACAGGGAUAGUGGUGCAUAAAUUUUAUUAUUCUUGAAAUAUUCUAAGUAAUAUAAUUGAACUAAUGAACAGGUGAUAUGUUAUAGAAAAUUAGUCUUUCAUUGUUUUCUUCUGUGAAGAAUUUGUUGAUUUGUACUAUAAAACAUUUACAUUUGGUUUGUUUUAUAGCUGAAAUAUUUAGAUAUGAGCAAUUGAGUACAGUAUUGAAAUAUUCCAUGUGCUGGUAUUUAUAGUUUUGAUAAAUCCCAUUGCUGGCAAUGGAGUUGUGCCAGAGAAAUCUGAUUUCUACUGCUAAGGGAUUGCCUAGCCAAGGCCUCAAACACAAGAUAUUUGUUGAAAAUGUCUUCAAAUGCAAUAAAAACAUUAUAACAUCAAGAAGGUGAUUCCUUGAACCAGUGUUUUAAACAUAUUGGUCUGCCUUGAACUCAGGACCAGCCAGAAUUUUCCUCUUCCAGUUGGCAGAGCAGUAACACCAGGAUAACUUGCAGUUUCAGAGAGAACUGCAGUGCAGCCUUCUGAGUGCAGAUGUCGCUGCUCUGCCAGCUAUCACUGUUCUGUUCCGUUCUGUUCAACUUUUCUCUCAGCUUUUUGCUGAGAAAUUAUGCUUUUCUGGCAGUGAAUAGAAGCUAAAGCUCCCUCAUCUACUAUAAAGAAAUGUCUUCAAGAUUUAGAAAUAGGAAAAGAAAAUUUGAAAAAAAUUAUAUAAUGGGAGAAGAUAAUUCAGAAAGAAAGGCUACGUGCUGGAAUUUCUACUCUGAUUCGUACAGGGUACUUAGGAAGAAAAGGGCAUGGUGGGGAAAGAAAAGUAAAUACAUUACUAAAGAUGAGACAUAGACCAAAUGAAUUGUCAAGACUCUGUGUGUCUAAGCUGGGAUAAUCAGAGGUCCUAUAACUCCAAAUCUGCAAAAAGUAAUUUUCUGUAUCCUUCCUAUCCGCCCACACACCCUGACACUUACAUAUUUUCACUGAACUUGAAGACAACAGGAAUAUUCUGCAUUCUUUUUUCUAAAAUAGAAAAAAAUUGCUCAUUUAAAUGUGGUUCUGGUACUGGUGCCCUGUAUAUAGGUAAUAAUAUAGGAGGCCCAAAUUAGAAUUGUGGUAGAUUUCACUCAUUAAGUAAAGUAUACAUUGUAUAUAUACUAUUUCCCAUUUUUAUUAUUAGAUUGUGGAAGGCUUUUUUCAUUGCUUUCUUUUGUUAAGAAAAUGGAGACUUGAAAAUGGUGAUAAAAAUUGAAAUAUAUGUGAUGUUUGCGUUAUUAAAACCCUUUGCAGAUCUAAAGUCUCAGGGCUAUACUGUAUGGUGGUUAAAGGACUGAAUAAUGUCUGGGUCUAUUUCCAUUUGUGAAAUAAGAAUAAUAUUUAUCUCAUGUCUUUUGAAUAGAAAAUGAGAAGAUGUAUAUAAAAGCACUUUGUAAACUGUAAAAGUAGUAUGGAGAUGUAAGCUUCUGUUUGUUUAGAAGCAAAGAUGUGAAUUAUGUACAAUUUGGAUUACACAUAAAAUUGUUUUGUGUCUCAUUUUAAUUAUUUAUUCACACAGUAUAAAUUUAUUAUAGUAGA